AGAAGAAGAGCCGGACGGAGGAUUAGCAGCAAAAAGGAGAAUCUAAACUGUUUCACCGGGAGAAAAAUACGUAUUUGAGGAGGAGGUAACGGCUGUCCUCACCGACGCUCCCUUUCCGGCUGAUCAGUGACUGAAGAGGACGAUGCUCUCUUGAGUCUGCUCACAACCCUCCACCCCUUCAUUCUCUGUUCUUGUUUACACAAUCGUCUCGACCAUGAAUCAUACUCCCAGCCCCCACCUGUCCGAAGGCGCUAAGUCAGCUGGAGGUGGCCUGCUAUGCAGCCUGGGUCUGGGAUCUGAUCGGGGGAUCCGUUCCCCAGACAGCCUUACCCACACUCCCAGCCCAACCGGAGGAACACCCAGCUCCAGCCCCCCGCUGCUGCUGUCGCCCGGGCUGGGAGGCCUCGGGCUGGGCUCUCUGGGGGCCAUGAGUGAGGGAGCUGGAGGCGAUUGGGAGAGCAGGGAGGAGCUGAGGCUCAGAGAGCUGGAGGAGGCUCGGGCCAGAGCAGCUCAGAUGGAGAAGACCAUGAGGUGGUGGUCAGACUGCACAGCUAACUGGAGAGAGAAGUGGAGCAAGGUCCGUGCUGAGCGUAACCGAGCUCGUGAUGAGGUCCGUCAGCUGAGGCAGCGACUGGACACACUCACCAAGGAGCUAACCAGUGUUCGGCGAGAGCGGCAGGAACUUGCCUCAGAGAACGAGAUGCUUCGGCAAGAGACACUACGUCUCCACAGUGACCACACGGCUCUUCCUCCAUCCGCCACUUCUUCUUCUUCCUCCCCUGCACACCCUCGGGGUGCUUCCUCCUCCUCCUCUCCCUCCAUCCCUCCCUCCUCUCCUGCUUCCUCCUCCUCCUCUCAGGUCCACACAGGUGGCAAGUUGGAUAUGGUGGGGGAGGGACCACCAGGAUCUCCAGAACCAGAACCAGAACCAGAACCAGUGAGGGACGUGGACUUGGACGGACAAAAGAUGGGUCAACAAAAGGACCUGGAGCUGCUAGAAUCCGUCCUGCGUUCCAGGACCCCAGGCACAGACACUCAAGAGAGCUGGGACAGUCGCAGUGGUAGUGGUGGUGUUAACCCAGCUGGCUCUCGCUCAUCCACUGCUAUGAGCCGGCAGGAACGAAGCAGACAACUGUGGGAAGACAUGAGCACGGUGGAAGAAGACUCCAGCAAACUCAAUGCCCUGCAGCUUCGCCUGGAUGAGUCCCAGAAAGUCCUGCUGAAAGAAAGAGAAGACAAGCUUGCUCUGAGUAAGAGCAUUGAGAGGCUGGAGGCCGAACUCAGUCAAUGGAAACUUAAAUAUGAAGAGCUCAGCAAAAGCAAACAGGAGGCCCUCAAACAGCUGAACCUGCUGAAAGAGAUGCACCAGGAUGAACUCGGCCGCAUUUCUGAAGAUUUGGAGGAUGAACUGGGAGCUCGAACUAGUAUGGACAAGAAACUAGCUGAACUUCGAGCUGAGGUGAGGAGGCAGGAGAGCAGAGAAAGAGGU